AUGGCGGCAGAGAAUAUAUUCGAUAUGGGCUACAACCGAGUCGUGGCUAGUCGUGAUUCUACUCGAAAAUCUAUUUCAAAAGAUUUUGUUGAGGGAAUAAAUAUUUUUGUUUCUUUUUCUUGCAAUCAAAACUUUUAUGUUAAGCGUAAUGAUUUACUAUGUCCAUGCAAGAAGUGCAAGAACAUGAAGCGUUGUGAUGCUGAUACCGUGGCGAACCACUUAUACUUGAAAGGAUUUACAGAAAAUAAUUAUGUGUGGACGCAUCAUAGAGAAAAUUGCUACUUUGGUGUUGAAGCAUCAUCAACAUGGAACGAUUAUUCAAAUAUUGAAGUUCCGGUGGAUCAAUAUCAUUAUUCAAUUGAAGAUGUUCACAUGUUUUCGGAUGGUGUCAAUUUCCCAGAAAAUAACCAAGAUUACGGGACAACUCAUGAUGGUGUUUUCCAGGCAUUAACGAUGCUAGCGAGUCAUAUGAUUUUCCACUGUGGAUGCUUGAGUUUGUACAAGGUCCACAACAUCAAUUCACUUCAUGACCUAUGUAUUAUUCGAGGGGAUCAUACACAUCACCAUGGACAAAACAGGAAGACGAUGAACUAUGGUGUGUGUGUUCGUGGAACCGGUGACACAGAGUAUUUUGGCCUGAUCAAAAAUAUAUUCAUGAUAGAGUAUCACGGUGCCGUUGGGCUAAAAGCCAUGAUUUUCAAAUGUGAAUGGUUCAACACCACACUUGGUCGAGGAAUACGAAAGCAUUCAUCUGGUAUUAUCGAUAUGCAUUACGUUAUAUAUGAUCCUUUCAUAUUACCAGCGCAAUGUGACCAAGUCUGUUACAUUCCUUAUCCACGCUUGCGUCCAGUUAGAGAUGAAUGGUGGGCAACGACAAAAGUUAUACCAAGGGGGUUUCGUGAAAUCCAAGAAGUUUCUCAAAUUGCGUUUCAAGAUGACAUUCUCGAUAGAGCGGUAACAAGCACUAAUAUUAUGCGAGUUGAAACACAUGCAUUCGAAGACAUAUCAGAUGAUUAUGAGCCUAUACCGAUAAAUAAUCCUAAUGAUGAAUACGUUUCUGAAGGUGAUUUAGAAGAUGAGUGUCAUGAAUAUUCCUAUUCAAGUUUCGAUUCAGAUUCAAAUUAA